UUGACCAUGUGUAUCUCUACUUUCACUCAAGUACAGGAUUUGUGUACUUCGUCCACCACUGGCCAUUAUGACUUCAACUGCCUUGACAAUUUGUUUCAACGCGAAAAAAUGGAGUGUCCGUGAUUAUGCGCGUAGGACUCGUUUCAGGACUCGGCGUUUACAAGUGGUUGCAUCAGCCUGUUCUUUAGUGCGUCGAAUGGUGUUUGUUGUGAAUAAACCUAAUAUGACUUUAUUUUACUCAGUCCUUACUGUCACUGAUAUCCUAAUUAAAACCAAUAGAUAUUUUUUUUCCCCAGGUAAGCUAAAUGUUUAAUGACAGUCUUUCAUAGGUCUAUCUAUGACCAAUGUAUCAGGGUAGGCCUAGUCGUUUUAGUUAUUUUGUAUUGACAGUUUAUUGACGUGGCAGAUCACUACUUUAGUCAUUGAUGAAUUGCUCUCGUUUGUAGGAAUCUAUCAGAACCCUUGCUUUGCAAAAUGCAUGGUGUAAUAACCCCAUAGACAAGUGAAACUUCACAGGACAGGUUUGAAAUUGCUGAGAUCAUUGGUUUCAUUGACCUAAUGAGAUGAACAACCCUCUAAACACGAUUGGAUGUGUAAAGGCAUGCUUUGCGAGUCUCUUUUCCGAUUGGUCAGAAUGGUGCUGAAUAAUUAAUUGACAGGUGUGUCUCCAUGAUUGUGUACGGUUUCCAAACUCUACAAACCUAGUGUCAGUACUGACUUCUUGACAGUUGAUGUCUGAAAUCUAACGUUAUUACUUGUUUGUUGGAUCAACGUGGGCUUUCUAUUCAGCAAUAUGUAGGUGUCUCGUUAGAUAGCGAGUUAGCUAGCCACGAAACCGGUGUAACGUCACAGCAGCUAGCUGUCAGGAGAGCUAUUGCUAGCUUAGCUGUCAACGGGCAUCACAACAAAUCAAGCAGCCUGCCUGCCUGCUAGACUGACUAAACUCUCCGUCUAUAUCGUGUAACGUUAAUAUCCUUUAGUUACUGACAUCUGUGAAGUUUGAAGAAUGGCAUCGAUGGCUGCGGCAACCGAGCCGAGCUUAAGCCCUGUUCCUAUGCUUACUGACAGUCUUGUGCCUGCUAGCAUGUUUGCUCCAGAACGGGGAUGCGGAGACGACGCAGAGGCGGACUGCUUCGAGGACGGCGAGACCUUUAACGGCGAGGGCGGGGAUCAUGGAAUAGAUUUCUCCAGCAAGCUGGCUCUGGUCAGUCCAAACGGCGAGCAGUAUGAUGCACUUCUGAGGCAGCUGAGAGAGCGGAUGGACGAAGGAUGUGGAGAGACCAUCUACGUUGUGGGAGUGGGCUUAGAUGGUGGAGAGUACGGUCUUAACGAGAGUGACAUGGAGGCUUCAGUUGCCACGGUGCAGUCCAUGUGCGAGCAGAUCGAGGCCGACCUUAUUCUGCUGAGGGAGCGGACCGAGGCGGGAGGCCAGGUGCGCGACUAUCUCAUCCGCCGCCGCGUCGGGGAGGCCGACUUCCUGGAGGUCCGAGUGGCCGUGGUGGGCAAUGUAGACGCAGGGAAGAGCACGCUCCUGGGUGUCCUCACCCACGGCGAGCUGGACAACGGCCGAGGCUUCGCCCGCCAGAAGCUUUUCCGCCACAAGCACGAGAUGGAGAGCGGCCGCACCAGCAGUGUGGGCAACGACAUCCUGGGUUUCGACCAGGAGGGUGAGGUGGUCAAUAAGCCCGACAGCCAUGGAGGCAGCCUUGACUGGACCAAGAUCUGUGAGAAGUCUUCAAAAGUCAUCACCUUCAUUGAUCUGGCUGGCCAUGAGAAGUACCUUAAGACCACCGUGUUUGGCAUGACUGGCCACCUACCGGACUUCUGCAUGCUAAUGGUGGGCAGUAAUGCAGGAAUUGUGGGCAUGACCAAGGAGCACCUGGGCUUGGCGCUAGCCCUGAAUGUGCCUGUGUUUGUGGUGGUCACUAAAAUUGACAUGUGUCCAGCCAACAUCCUUCAAGAGACCCUGAAACUUCUGCAGAGACUACUGAAGUCCCCAGGGUGCAGGAAGAUCCCUGUCCUGGUCCAAAAUAAAGACGACGUCAUCGUCACUGCAUCAAACUUCAGUUCUGAGAGAAUGUGUCCGAUCUUCCAGAUCUCCAAUGUGACAGGAGAGAAUAUGGACCUGCUGAAGAUGUUCCUCAACCUACUGUCAUCCAGAGCGUCUUUCAAAGACGACGAGCCUGCCGAGUUCCAGAUUGAUGACACUUACUCAGUGCCAGGUGUGGGAACCGUAGUAUCGGGAACUACGUUACGUGGAUUGAUACGUCUGAAUGAUACCAUGCUCCUUGGUCCUGACCCUCUGGGAAGUUUCUUGCCCAUCGCUGUCAAAUCCAUUCACCGCAAAAGGAUGCCUGUGAAGGAAGUGCGGGGUGGACAGACUGCCUCUUUUGCACUGAAAAAGAUUAAACGCUCCUCCAUAAGGAAGGGCAUGGUGAUGGUGUCGCCCAAGCUAAGCCCACAGGCCUCCUGGGAGUUUGAGGCCGAGAUUCUAGUGCUGCACCACCCAACCACCAUCUCCCCCCGCUACCAGGCAAUGGUGCACUGCGGAAGUAUCCGGCAAACGGCAACAAUCCUCUCUAUGAACAAGGACUGCUUACGAACAGGGGACAAGGCCUCCGUUCACUUCCGCUUCAUCAAGACCCCUGAGUACCUGCACACAGACCAGAGGCUGGUGUUCCGAGAGGGCAGGACCAAAGCUGUGGGCACCAUCACUAAGCUACUACAGUCGACCAAUAACCAGCCCUCCAACUCCAAACCUCCGCAAAUCAAGAUGCUAUCGACAAAGAAAGUCCCGCCCCGUCGAGAGGAUGGGUCGAUACCAACCAAUGAGGAGUCUAUGAGUGCAGCACUUCCAUCCACUCCACACACAACACAGCAACUGACAGAGGGGGAGGAGGACCCCCAGAGUAAAGAAGGCAACAAAGAGAACAAGCCCAAAUCUGGCGGUGGCAGACGACGAGGCGGACAGCGACACAAAGGAAAAUCCCAAAACAGCUCCACAGCGCCCCCAACAGGUGCCACAGGGCCUGUAUAAACUCUCCUCCCUCCCUCCCUUCAAAUAUCAUUCCCAUCACUCCAUCAAGUGUCUUUAACGCGCACAGUACUGGGAGCAGAAAACUCACUGUUUGAAUUCCUCCUCCCCCCCCCCCAUUUAAAAAACGUUGGAUCCUCCCCCCGUAUGCUGCUCAACUGGGCCACUGCACUGCUAAUGAUGAGAUAGGGGGGUGUCGUUGAGCCAAGACAACUGAGGUAUGGCAGCGUCUUGUGAAACUAACUUAUUAUACAAAGGUGUUUGUUGUUCUUUGAUGUGUUUUGGAAUUAUAUUGUCUAAAUUGAGCGCAUAUAUAAUCUCUAGAUAAACUGCACAAGCGCUCUGUAUUGUUAAAUGUGAGUGAAAGAGCUGUUUAAGUGCACACAGAUGAUCUAUAUAAUAUGAACACAUGGUCUUUUGCAAAGGUGACAGGAACACCACUUGCAUGCUUUCAGCUGAAUAUUGAAAUGUCAAAUCUGUGGGUAGCCGACUAUCCUUGACCAUCUUCACCGUUUGUGGUGCUGUGUCCACCUCACCAUAUCAUCAUGAAGGUCCUGCGGUUCACGUACAGUGCAGUGCAGAGUCUAGCAGCUCUAGUGGAACAGAAGGGAUGAGGCCCAUCUGCGUCCACUCACUGGGCAGCCAGGCUGUGACGCAAGUGGACACAGAGGUUUGCACUCCAGUGUUCAGUGUCAGGCAGUGCAGUUGCCUGGCUCAAAAAGCCAUGACUAAUCAUGCAAAAAUCAGAAAGCAACCAAACUUAAAUACUUAUCCGAUGUUCAUCAAGAUCUGACCAAUAUUUACAUGAAUGAGGAUCUGGAAGUGUUGGUCUCCAGUUCUGGAAGUGACCAUUGUUAAGGCAGUCAGGUGUCAUUUGAUACUUCUCACAAGCAUGCAUACACACAGCACAGCUUUAGGGUCUUUAAAAGCAUUUGGAGAAUUUAGACUGGUAGGGUUAGAUUAUUUAGCAGUUCACGUUAAGCAGUCAAGAGGAAUUUUAUCUAGUUUCAUUUUUAACUCAUCACCUGUGGACGAACUGGUGGUUCAUAAAAACACAUUUAGCCUUAGUUUAUUUAUAUAUUUUUUUCUAUUUUUUUUUAAUGGAAGGGAAUGCAUUUUAGUUAGUAUGUUUUAUUCUAGAUCAUUCGAAAAGCCAUUUUAUUUGCAACCAAGUUUUGGAAAUGAUAAACUCACAAUGGUCUUACCCAUAAUGCCACACUUUCACCAAGCACCUUACAUCAGAUAGAAUUGUAAUUUGUCGCAGACAUCCUCUGUGGAGACUUGUUGCAGGCAAAAUAAAAACAUGCAGACCAUCUCACGAUUACAUGUGAAAUACCAAACCAUGUUUUUCUCUUAGAUAUUUCAGCAAAUAAAUUAUUGAGAAUAAAAUAAUUAUCUCCA